AUGAGUAACGCUGUUAGGGCCUCGCAGCAGCGCGUUUCAACCUCGGGUCUUCGUCAGCUUGGCGUCUCCAUGGAUGACUCUGCCAUCUUCAUAGAGGAUACCAUCGAUCGUACCACGGCCCAGUGCAUUUCCGCCUCCCCGUCUGCCGUGUCUUUUCUCUCACCGCAGCGAUUGCCCACUCCGCAGAGCCAUCUGGACGUUACGGCGUACGACCCGUCGCACCUUGGCGGGCUGCAUUUGACAAACGCCAAGACACCGAACGACGCAGCGCGAGCCGCGUCGAAGCCACGGGGGCCCUCCACCCCGGCUGCGUCCUGCGAGUCCACGGCGGGGGACGGCUGUGCCGUCAGGCUCGGCUUCGCGACCUCGCCGACACCGCUCAAAAGCCGCGGUCAAGUGCCCCGUGCCUCUCCCUGGGCCUCAUUGUUGCACGGCACGCCGAGACUGCGUAGCAGCAGCCCAAGCACACGAAUGCCUGAGCCAAUGGUACCCCUGUCUGAGCUCGAGCGCGUUGAAAAGGAGCGGAACCGUUAUGAAAAGAUGUAUGAACAUCAAAAGUCACUUUAUGAGGAUAUGGCUAAUAUGCACGCCAAGACAUACCGUGCGCUACAGGCAAAAAUUAUCGAUGUAGUGGCACUUUCUUCUCGUAACGAAGAGAGCAAAAGGUAUAUUCGACAACUCAAGAAGGAAAUGUCGGAAAGCCGCACGCGCGUAAUAGACAUACAAAAUAAGGUUUUGGAGGAAGCGCGCGCUGAGCGCGACGCGAAAAGUCGUUAUGAAGCUCUGAUAGAGGACCAGACACGUAAGUAUGAGCACAUGGCGGAGCGAAGUGAGGAUGCGUUAAUUGGAAUAGAAAGCUUUAUUCAGGAUUUGACGCAAAUGAAUCUUGAGGAGGACAAGCUGCACGUCUCACAGUUGGACACACUAUUAAGGGCAGCCUACACAAAGAACACUUCCUUGCUACGCGAUCUGAUGCGUCAAAACUGCCAGAUUGACCUUCUGUUUGGUAGCAAAGACUACUUGGAACGGCAGGUCGACCAACUCCGGAGGGAGAAGCGGGAACUCGAAAAAACGCUGGCUGAUGAGCGGCGUCAUAUGAUGCAUGAGACGGAACGUUUUAUUGAGCAAAUAGAGGAGCAGCAACAGUCAAUCUUAAGCUUGCGGCAAAUUUUAAUCCGUACGAUGGACUCCACCGCCCAGGCCGAGCCAUCUCCCAAGGGUAGUCGCAGUCCGUGUCCUAGCCUGGAUAUUGAACCCACAGCAGCAAAGUUCCGAGUAUCUCCUAUCGAGUCUCAAAAGACUGUCACUCGGAUCAGCUGCGAGGUGGCAAAUCUUUUUAGUAACUCGGUGAGGAUACAGAAUUCCGUCGGACGACUUCCCGCAGCACAUACCACCCAAGGCUCUGAGGACGGUAUUAAUGGUCCUCUCAGCACCAGCGACAAAGGGGUAGGGGAUUUAUUUCGUCCGCCCUCCGUUGAUAUGGCAGCGAUGCGUAUGACGAUAGCUAGUAGAAAGCAAAUCGGAGUAUCAUCUUCGGUGUUGAGCUCCCCGGGCACACUUAGCUCUGAGGAUAAUAGUGAGGCUGCGGAAACGAUCAUAUUGUCCAAUUCGCUAGAGCCACACUCCACUUAUAAUCCUUCAGAAAUAUUGACGGUAUCAAAACCCUCUCAAGAAGCAUCUGAGGCGAUGCGAGACAAACAGCUUGGACACUCACCCGCAUCUGGUGGGCUUGAUACAACUACUGAAGCACACAUGUGGAAACAAAAGUUGGGUGCAGGGAGUGAGGGGCAUCAAAAGGAGAAUACUGAUCCUUCACAUAGCGCCCUCAAGUAUCAGGCCCCUUCGAAGAAAUCCAAUGCCAAGUCUAAACCCGAUGCAAAGGGUCUCUGUCCUCGGCUUGCGUCGCGGGCAACACUGCGCACUUUAAUGCAGCGCUACAAUAAAUGUGCUGAAAGUCAUACCAGGUGCGAUCUCGGGCUAAGUGAUAGCUCCUCGAAAUGA